CAACAGGAAUAUGCUGUGAAUUGCCAUGUUAUUACCUGGGAACGAAUCCUAAGUCAUUUUGACAUAUUUGCUUUUGGGCAUUUCUGGGGCUGGGCAAUGAAGGCUUUGUUGAUUCGCAGCUAUGGAUUGUGUUGGACUAUUAGCAUCACCUGGGAGCUGACAGAGCUGUUCUUCAUGCAUCUGCUGCCGAAUUUUGCUGAAUGCUGGUGGGAUCAAGUUAUUUUGGAUAUCCUAUUAUGUAAUGGAGGUGGCAUCUGGUUGGGCAUGGUGGUUUGCCGUUGGUUGGAGAUGAGGACUUAUCACUGGGCAAGCUUCAAGGACAUUCACACUACCACAGGUAAAAUCAAGAGAGCCGUUUUACAAUUCACUCCAGCAAGCUGGACCUACGUUCGCUGGUUUGAUCCCAAGUCCUCUUUUCAACGAGUAGCUGGGAUAUACCUUUUCAUGAUCAUCUGGCAGUUGACAGAGUUGAACACCUUUUUCUUGAAGCAUAUCUUUGUUUUUCAAGCAAGUCACUCUUUAAGCUGGGGUAGGAUUCUCUUCAUUGGAAUUAUUACAGCACCAACUGUGAGGUAA